CCAAAAAAUAUAUGUAUAAUGUACUGGCUUUAAUACGUAUGUAGUUUCAAUCUGACGAAGAUGUCACUUAUUCUGGUAAGAGAGGACUGAGACUCGUUUCACGUUUCCAUGGUUACUGUUUGACAACAACCAAGAUGGCUGAGGAGACGCAUGCGUUUGAGCAAACCUACACUUUCAGUCUGCUUCCCAACAAAACCUUUACAUUUCAGCAAGAUUCACAUACAACAGGACUGUUGAUGAAAUGGUCCAUGUUGGGAAGAAUUUCUGCUCUGGCUUUUUACUUUGACCAGACAUUCCAGUCUUAUAGGAAGAAUGACUUUGCUUUAAAUUUCUUUCAGGAUCCCUGUGUGAAAAACAACCUAAAGACCCUGGAUGCUUCUGGUGCAUGGAAACCUCUGGGCAGUGACAUUACACAUGUGGACGUGGAAGCUGUUCCCUGCACUAAAGUGUCUGUAGACAUAUUCGAUCCAAUUUUCUCAAGUGGAAUCGUGCGUCCCUCCGGCCACAUUGUCAAAUGUUACCAUGAAGUACACCCUGACUUUGAUGAGUUGAGAAUGAUGCUGCUGGAAGAGGACGCUGAAAAUUAUCAUGUGGUCAGUCCAUGUGACCGUCAGGAGUUCCUGUUUAGACUGUUUAAGCACAUCGUACUGGGUGGUGAACUGUGCCAAUAUGAAGAUGUCAUCAGUCCUUACAUUGAAACUGCAAAAAUGAUUUACAAAGAUUUGGUGAGUGUCCAGAAGGACUCGGACACAAGAGAGAUCCAAGUUGCCUCAACGAUCUUGAAAGUAUCUGCUCAUGAUGAAAACGGCUUGUGCUAUCCUUCUGGAAGAGACAACGAGCAGACAUUCGCCUAUCUGUGUAUCGAUCCUUUCAAAAGACAUGUGUAUGUCUUGUACCACAGUUUUGGCAUUGGUGUCUUGUCUAAUAACAGUGUGCCGUGUUCUUGAUCUUCUGUUACAUUAGGAGCUUUUCCUUUCACUAGCUGUGUGUUAUGAAUUCAUGUUAUUGUUAAACUUUGGGUUAGAAAAUAGCUUGAUGUCCUAUCAAAAACUCUAUGUAUACUUUAUGUUGUUUGAACAUUUCACAGUGAAUGGACCAAUAGA